GUUGCAAAUCUCAUUUAGAACAAUUAGAAAAUAAAACAUUUCUCAUAAUAUUCAGUUUGACCCUCUCUUUGACCAAGAAUUUCUUGAGAAAGUGCCCCCUUUCACUGACGGUUUGGUGAGAAGAAAAAAAUAAACAUUGACUGCUAGAAUGUGCCUUCUAACCCUCUGAAUAUUGGCUGUAAAGAUGGACAGACAGGCAGAGAGACUUGCAGCCUGUUUGAUGUAGUUGGGAACCGUGCCAGACAUUGCAUCUUUUGGGAAAAAUGCAUCCAGAAUGAGACCGUGUAGGCUUUGAAAGCUUACAAGCAAUGCAUGCAGGGAAAACUGGCCAAGAAGUUAAAGGACCAGGUCAGGCAGUGUAAACACGGUCCGGUCAAGACUCUACACAAGACUCUCUCAUUCUCACAAAAUGUCUUGAUUUCAUUAGAAGGGAUAACGUAUAAAAAUUCUCUCAAAUAUUGAUGCUAAUAAGUUAAUGCAUAUCGCAAUCCCUGAUUUCUUGCAAUGUGUUUUUCUCAGCUAUAAACCCAUUGUGGACUAUAUCGACACACAGUUUGAAAACUACCUGCAGGAAGAGCUGAAAAUAAAGCGUUCUCUAUUCAAUUACCACGACACCAGAAUCCACAUCUGCCUCUACUUCAUCUCUCCUACGGGACACUCGCUCAAGUCCUUGGACUUAGUCACCAUGAAGAAGUUGGACAGCAAGGCAUCAUCCAGUAGCAUGUGAGUAAACCGCUAGGCCGC